AUGAACGCAUACACAGACACUUUCAGUCAUCCACCAGAACCACCUCAGUCAUCCACCAACCUCGUAAGCAACCAUAAGCACCAGUCAUCCACCAACACCACCUCAGUCAUCCACCAACCUCGUAUCCAACCACAAGCACCAGCCAUCCACCAGCACCACCUCAGUCAUCCGCCAACCACCGUAACCACCAACAAGUACCGCAGUCAUACACCAGCACCACCUCAGUCAUCCACCAACCCCGUAACCACCAACAAGUACCGCAGUCAUCCACCAGCACCACUGCAGUCAUCCACCAACCUCGUAUCCAACCACAAGCACCAGUCAUCCACCAGCACCACCUCAGUCAUCCACCAACCUCGUAACCAACCACAAGCACCAGCCAUCCACCAACACCACCUCAGUCAUCCACCAACCUCGUAUCCAACCACAAGCACCAGCCAUCCACCAGCACCACCUCAAUCAUCCACCAACCCCAUAACCACCAACAAGUACCGCAGUCAUCCACCAGCACCACUGCAGUCAUCUACCAGCCCUGUAGUCAACCACAAGCACCACAGUCACCCACUAGGACCACUAAAGUCAUCCACCAACCCCAUAACCAACCACAAGUACCACAGUUAUCUAACAGCACCACCAAUCAUCCACCAGUACUACCACAGUCAUCCACCUCUGGCCGAUAAUGGUCAAUCACACAAAGAGCAACAACAAACAACAACAUGA